AACAACAACUACAACAACAACAACAACAACACCAGUAGCAGAAGCAGAGCAAGAGACUUACAAGAGGAAAUAACAACAGCAGAGCUAACAUCAUGUCCAGUCUGCCACGCCGCAUCAUCAAGGAGACGCAACGCCUGAUGCUGGAGCCGGUGCCCGGCAUCAAUGCCAUACCCGAUGAGAAUAAUGCGCGCUAUUUCCAUGUGAUUGUCACCGGGCCGAACGAUUCACCGUUCGAGGGCGGCAUCUUUAAGCUGGAGCUGUUUCUGCCCGAAGACUAUCCGAUGUCGGCGCCCAAGGUGCGCUUCAUCACCAAGAUCUAUCAUCCGAACAUUGAUCGCUUGGGCCGCAUCUGUCUGGAUGUGCUGAAGGACAAGUGGAGUCCGGCCUUGCAGAUACGCACGAUUUUGUUGUCCAUUCAGGCACUGCUCAGUGCCCCCAAUCCGGACGAUCCGUUGGCCAACGAUGUCGCCGAAUUGUGGAAGGUCAACGAGGCGGAGGCCAUACGCAAUGCACGCGAAUGGACCCAGAAGUAUGCGGUCGAAGACUGAAGCGCAAUCGACUGCGUGAUGGGGGUGCGGGCCAACGGAGGGGAACGGAACGGGAUGGGGGAAUGCGAACAAUGAACACGACGACGA